GGUGCACGUUACGCUGCGCAUCUCUUUUUCUGUCAAGCAUUUACCGUACGUACAACACCCCCUCCUCGCUCGUGUUUAUGGUGAGCUGAAAGAAACUAUUACAGCCUCCUCUUGGACGACGCAGCAACGAAAAUGAGCUAUAGUCGCGAAGAAAUCGAAGAGUUCGAGGCCACCAUCGCCGCCCACAACAUCGUCCCGGUCGAUACGUUGCGGCAGACGUUUUUCGACGACCUAGACGCGUCCUCCAAGGUGAACCCCAACCGCACCCGCGCGUCCACCGCGAAGAUGGACGCAGAAGAAGAGCGCACGAUGUUCCAGGCGCUGCGUGAAGAAACGUUUAAUUGUUUCGGAGGCCAGCAGCUUCCAGACGAGCGGGAUAUCGACGUUAAUGGCAACCGCCAACACCUUGUAAACAGCCCGCACGGAACGUCGCAGUGGAGGCGCGAGGCCUCCCAGUCGCACCGCUCUGUCGGCCGCCCGUCCGCCUCGCUCUAUGAAGCCGGCCAGUCCAGCGGCGACAAUCUCCCCUUCGCGCGCGCCUCCUGCGCUGUCCUCACCAACGUUGUUGCGGGCUCUCUUCUCGGCAUCGCGCUGAAGCGCAUCACCAGCGUGGCGGCCGCGAACCUGAGCGCCAUUCUCAUCGGCACGCAGUUUCUCUGCUGGAGCGGGUACGCGACGGUGCGAUGGGGUGCCCUUCUCCACGACACCCUUUCAUUCAUCGUGCGCGGCUACCACCCAUCAACGACAGAGCCGCGCAGCCGGCUGGCGCAAAAACGCGAGCAACUGCUGUUCACGCUCACCGCAACGAUUCCGCGGCGUGCCUCGUUCUGGGGCGGCGUUGCCGUCGGCGUCGUUUGCCUUCAGUGA